GGAGGGGGAGGGGGAGGGCUGUCACAGAGGGAGGCGGUCCCAGAAACACACACACACACACAAAAAGGGGCCCAGCUGGUUCAAGUGAGGAUAGGGACCGUCCUGAGCUGAACUCGACGUUACAAAUAGGAGCUGCGGUAUUCCAAGUGGAGCAGAGUGGAGGUGCGCCACACCGAUGGUAAUAUUAAGUAACAGCGCCGAGCGGAGCCGCAGUGUGAGAGCGCAGAGAGACGCGGAGGACAGCGAUCCUUACUGAGGCGGACGGAAAGACGCGUGGACCACCGAUCAUUUCUUCACAGGUGGCACUGUUGCUGCAUCCCCGAGCAUCCAGCCGGCACCCAGCACCACACAGCUCUCCGCCGGAAAACAAGGAGAGACCCACCUAACCUCUGACAGGCGUGAUGUUUGAGGAGGAGGUCCAGCCAAUGAGGGGGCAGCAGGAAGUGUCAGUGCUCCAGUCUCUGGACUCACCUGCAGCGGUCAGCCCAGGUGGAGGAGCAGCAGGAGGAGGAGGGCCGCUGUCCUUCACAGAUGAGGCUGUCUCCAUCCUGACCUCCAGCAGCCUGCUGGCGCGCUCCCUCCUGGGUCGCACCUCUGCCGUCAAACGCAAAGAGAGCCCGUCUUCUUCCAGCAUCCGACGCAAGCGCGAGUUCAUCCCUGUGGACAAGAAGGACGAGGGCUACUGGGACAAGAGGAAGAAGAACAACGAGGCGGCUAAGCGCUCGCGGGAGAAGCGCCGCGUGAACGAUAUGGUCCUGGAGAGCCGCGUUCUGGCCCUGCUGGAGGAAAACGCUCGCCUCAGGGCCGAGCUGUUGGCUCUCAAGUUCCGCUUUGGCCUGGUCAAAGACCCCUCCAACGCCCCCAUCCUGCCCCUCACUACAGCUCCUCACCACACCUCUCAGACUAUGACUCCACACUAUUACCUCCACAGAGGCGACGCAGGCCUCCCCAGUUCCUCGGCCUCGCACGCCGGCAACCAGACGGGCCAGCUGAGCACCAGGGGCUCCAGGGACGGCGGCAACAUGUCGGAGGACUCGGGGUUCUCCACGCCGGGUGGCUCCAGUGUGGGCAGCCCGAUCUUCUUUGAAGACAGGCUGAGCGACCACGGGAAACUAUCACCGCACCGGGCGGAAGAGCUGGGCUACGACCUCCACCACUCCCCCGCCGACGUCCACCACACUACGGGGAAGCUGGACCAAGCCGAGAUGAUGAAAAACCUUCCACACAAGCUACGCUUCAAGACGCCCGGCAACGGGGACACGGGGGAUGCCGCAGGGGACCGACGCAGCCCCACGCUGCCGACAGCGGGACGGGAAGGUCCCAGAGAGGCCCCUAAAGGACUGAGUGGAGGCGACGCCGGAGCAGGGCACUGCGCCGGCACCUGGCUCCAGCAGCUGGAGGGGGAGGAAGGCAGGAGGGGGAGGCAGUCCCCUCAGUACAACGCCUCGGCCGGCGCCUGCGGCCUCCAGCCUCCUCUGAUGCAAGGGCAAACUGAGGCCCACGGCGAGAACAUUCACCUGAAGUCCCAGCUCAACUCUCUGAGCGUGGAGGUGGCUCAGCUCAAGAAGCUUUUCACAGAGCAGCUCCUGGCCAAAGUCAACUGAAGAGCGGUUCGCCAACGUCUGGACUUUUACGGACAAACAAAGAGUUGCUGUCAGUGAGCCUAGAAGCGCAGGACUUUAAAAAACUCAACCCUCAAGUCUAACAAACUUUUAACAGCGUUUUGGUUUAUAUUUUAAAGACUGUAUUAUACUGUAAUAAAUGUCUAGAAACAUUCAUCUCAUAACCCUCUGUUUAAAAACAACAAUCUGUACUACUGUUGGCUGUCUGCUAGUUUCUCAACUCCAUACACUGUGACGACAAACACACACACACACAACCUAACACUGUUUACAUCACUCAUUACAGCGCAAGCCUGGAUUUACGGCCUCACACAGCAACAAGUUUAUGUGGCUUCCGAAGCCGCAUUCAAUUCAGCUGGAUGCGAGCCAGCAGUUUGCGAGCGCACUGAGAAGGACGAAGUGUUUGCAGUAAUAUAGCUGAGAGCGGCAUGACUUACUGCACAGGUUUUCCCACCGCUGAGACCGGUCUGUCAACACAACCAGAGACAGACAGUAAACACACACAGAAGUCAAACCAUCAGCCGUCCAAAAAACCUCUCGCGGUCUGAGAGGCUUAAGGAAAGCUCUGUUCUGCCUCGCGCCCGGAACACACGUCCAGGCUUGUUUGUCAGCGUAAUGGGUCACACGGUGAAGAAGCUCCUCUUUAGACAUACUGUCAUGUACUGUUGCUGUGUUCAGCGUCUCACUCUAGUCCCCGCUCACGCCCAGUUCGAACACAUUUUUUUUGUAUUACUGUCAUGUUGUCUGUGCCGAGGUGAUGACACACAUUUGAUGUCUGCUGUCUUUCUGUACAUUUUUUCAUAUUAAAAAAUAAAGACGUAUGAAAGAUUCAA